AUAUAGAAUUCAAAACGAAAUGGAACAGAUACACAACCGGAAAAUAAAACCAUUGUGGACAAAAUGGUUGGAAUCCACAGCCAUGUCAACCAGUUUAAUGUGACGGUAAACGGAUUGGAGACCGCUGUUGAAGAGGCGUGUGAAAAUAAAAAAAUCAUGGCACAAAAAAUGGAGCUGUUCGAGUAUAUGAAGAAUCAAUAUUAUUUGCAGAUGGCCGAAGAUCAACAGAACUUUACAGAGCAGAUCAGAAAAAACGUGAGUGAAAUUGACCUGUUAAAGGCGGACGUGAGUAGUAAAACCACUGAAGUCAAUGAGCUUGAAAAGCGCUACGCCGAUCAACAACUUUGCAUUGAUUUGCACCAGGAGUUGAUGACACGCAUCGAAAAGUACAUUACUGAUAUGAAACAAUUGGAAGAAAUUUACGAUAUCAUUGAAAGCGAGAAAAGAUCAAGACGUGACAAAUAAUCUCCAUAUACAAUUCAUGGGCAAACACGUGGAAAAUGUCGAUAAGGAAAAAUAUAUUUCUGUUGAUUGAAUGUUAAAAUAAACAACUCUUAAUGAUGAAA